UGAAUCUUUGAGUCCCACAUCGUUCUCCUCAGGAAAAGAGACCCAAAGCAAACACCACAAAAAGAGAGCCGAGUAACUCACACACAGAAAGGAGGUGAUAACGCGACGAUGGUGACGACCAAACGAACAUCCAACAAGCGCUCUGCCGCUGAGGCCGUUGCCUCGAGUGGAGGCUACAACAGCUAUUCUUGCUAUGGUACUGCAGCAGCAUCGGUAGGUCCCAAACCCAAAAAGCCCCGCAAGAACUCGACCGGCCGUCGACAACCGGUGGCUCUUCCACCGCUGCCGCCACCGCCGCCAUUGAUUACCAUUGCCGGAGGUGCCGACUAUCAUCGUAAUCAUCACAAAGUCUACGUUUUGAUUGGCACGCAUCAUGUCAAGGACGACGUGGAUCCCUAUCGAGGACGCCUCCAGUGCACUUCCAAAACGACCGUCUGUGGCGUCUUUACGACUCGUGCGUUGGCCAUUCGCGCCAUGCACCACCAAAUCCAUCGCAUGGGACUCCAACAGCAUGACCCAGACGACUACGUGUGUCAUUUGAAGGAUGGAAGCUACUGUACGACCUUUCAGAUUGCCGAACGAGAGAUUUGGGGCGUUCCUCACGCGGAGCGCAACGUGUUUCUCGAUCCCGUGGCGGAACGAGCGCAAUGGACGACUGAUGCUGGAGCCUGGAUGAAGGGGGACAACCCUAUGGAUGACGACGAUGGCAAGAACGAAACACAAGAGGAGGAAGACAAAAGCAAAGACAAGAAUGACAAUCAUACAGAGGACAAGGAAGAAGAAAUGGCGGAUCAUCGGGACGACCACGAAGACCCAAAAGACGAUGCGGCCACUGACGAAGAAGAAGAAGAAUCGGAGGACUCCAAGGUGGCGGCAUGUGACGAAGGAUCAGAAGAGAAGAAAGAAAACAUGUCUGUUGUUUUUCGAAUUGGGGACUAGCUGGCUGGUCGCGCCAUGACAAGGAACUCGAAACAAAGCGGUUGCAGCAACAGUGCGGUCCAAUCGUGAUUGCUGACAUGCACAAAGAAAAGAUGAAGCUACCAAGUCAAAGUGAUCAUAGUCUAAAGCUCAAGGACCGUUUCUCCUUGCAGCUAUACAGUAGAAGUACGCGUAUGGUAUAUAUACCUUUCCUUGAU